AUGGUCAUUUUUUCCGCUGAUAAAUUUCCGGAAUCAUAUUCGAAAUACACAAUAGACAAAAUCAAUGCAUUGACAAGUGAUGGAUUUAUAUAUGAAACGCCUUGCUUCGAUGAAUUUGUUCUACAAUUAUUUAUCGAAGUAAGCGAAAACGAAAAUUUGCGAAAUAAUAUCAUCUCAAUGGCGUAUUUACCAAACUGUCGUAACAGAUUAUAUAUAGAAACAGAUGAUCCUGAUAAAAUUACUAGUUUAUGCAGCAAAUUCCAAUUAUCCAAAAUAGAAAUCACAAAGUUUGCUCCUUAUUUGAUUAAUUUCCCUUAUUACAGAUUCUAUGACAAUAAGAGCAAACUAUUUGCACGAAUUUCAGUCGAUCCUUUGAAAGAUGAACCUUGUCAAAUAUUAGAUAUCAAUUACGUCAAAAAGAAAGCAAUUGUCAGGUCGUGGUCGAAUAUAGAUAAGAGUAAAUCAACACCAAUCGAUGAAUAUACAGUAACUGAUUCAAAAGCGUUAAAUACAACCCAAAAAGUAUCAAUUUCAUUUGAUAAAACUCGUUAUAGCGAUAAAGGAUUUAUUUUCCAUGGUGAAAAGUUUAUUGGCGAGUACAAAAUUUCCAAAAUCGACAUGAGACAACUUUAUAUCUGGAAAUCCUAUAUAAAACCUUCCGAAAAGUUGAGAUUCGACCAUCCAAUUCCUGGAUUGAGGCUUUUAAAGCAAGAAGCAAAGCCUUUAAAGUUAAAAUUUAAACAUGAAAGUAGGAUGCAUGGAGAAGUGCUUAUUGGCAAGCCUAAAUUUAAUAUUUUAUUGGAUGUGAAGCCAAAAUACAUCUCAAUGCCUUAUCUUUAUCAACUUAUUGAAAUUGAUGAGGAAACUUACGGGGUAAUCACAGAGAUUGACAUAGGAUCAUUGACAGUUCUCUUGAAUGAUAACAAACUCAUCAAAAUUCCUGUAAAUUACAAGCUGAAAGAACUCAGAGACGACGGAACAUGCAGAGAUGCUGAGAAUAGGCGAAUGUUUAUAGAUGAUUAUGUUAAGAUACUAGAUGGAAAGUUUAUUGGCAAAGAAGGAAGAAUCAUUCACGCAAGAAAUAAAAUAAUUUUGAUUGGAAUUUACACCGAUGACAAAUGUAAGUGCAUGUUCAUUGAAGCAAAAGGAGUUAAGUUGAUUCAAGAUGAUGAAGGUGCUCUUCCUGAAGGUUAA